CAAAUUGUGUAUUAAAGAAAUUUUUUAUCAUUAUGCCACGCAAGAAGCGUUCUGCGAGUCCCUUUGAACUUAUGGAUGAUGAUUUUGAUGAUAACAGUUCUCAAAGUUCUCGCAAUGGUAAUCCGCCCAUACAACGUAACGCCGCCAAUGCCCGAGAACGGGCACGUAUGCGUGUUCUAUCGAGUGCAUUUGGAAGACUUAAAACAAAAUUACCCAACAUUCCAGCCGAUACUAAACUAUCCAAAUUGGAUACUUUACGUUUGGCCACUAUGUAUAUAAAACAGCUGAAAACCGUAGUCGAAGGAGGAAUAGGAGGAGCUGGUGCUGCCACCGCAACAAAUGGCGAUAUAAUGGAAGGCACUUUAAACAAUAUUGGCAAUAAUGCAACACAUAAUUAUUUAAAUUUAAAUACAGGAGUACAAAGUAUGAAUUGGCCUUUUGGUUUUCAUCAUCCAUUUAUCGAAUUCUUCACUGAUACUCCCAAUGGUGAUAAUAAUAAUGAAGAACAAUUAAAACCUUUACGUUAUGAGGACAAUUAUGAACAUAAUCAUCAUCAACAAGAACAAACUUCAUCUUACAUACAACACAACACGAAUCAUAAUCAUCAACCAAAUCAUUGGUAUUCAGAGACCCCAUCACCCGAAUUAGAUUCCACAUCAACUUUUUAA